AUGGGUAAGCUGUGUAUUGAAGUAACGCCCAACGAUAAGAUAGCUACUAUAUCUGAAGAACUUUGUAUUGGAUGUGGUAUCUGUGUAAAGAAAUGUCCUUUCGAUGCUAUUACAAUUAUUAAUGUACCAUCAAAUCUGGAGAAACACACUACGCAUCGUUAUUCCAAGAACUCGUUCAAGCUUCAUCGUCUCCCAAUUCCCCGGCCAGGAGAAGUGUUAGGGUUAGUAGGUCAAAAUGGAAUUGGAAAAUCUACUGCUCUAAAAAUUCUUGCUGGCAAGCAGAAACCCAACUUGGGUAGAUAUUCUGAUCCUCCAGAUUGGCAAGAAAUUUUGUCCCAUUUUCGAGGUUCAGAGUUGCAGAAUUAUUUUACUAAGAUUCUUGAAGAUGAUUUGAAGGCCCUCAUCAAGCCUCAAUAUGUAGAUCAAAUCCCUAAGGCUGUUAAAGGAACAGUAGGACAAUUGCUUGACAAAAAAGAUGACAGAAACAACCAAUCUGAAAUAUGUGAAAUGCUUGAUUUAUCUCACAUUCGUGAUCGUGAAAUUGCUGCAUUGUCUGGUGGGGAGCUUCAACGUUUUGCUUGUGCUAUGGUUUGCAUCCAAAAUGGAGACAUCUUUAUGUUUGAUGAGCCCUCUUCAUAUUUAGAUGUUAAGCAACGUCUUAAUGCUGCUCGCACUAUACGUUCCCUGAUACAUCCUGAUAAGUUCAUAAUAGUGGUUGAACAUGACUUGUCUGUGCUAGAUUAUUUAUCAGAUUUUAUAUGCUGUUUGUACGGUGUGCCUGGUGCUUAUGGUGUUGUGACUAUGCCUUUCUCUGUUAGAGAAGGUAUAAAUAUUUUCCUUGAUGGAUUUGUACCCACUGAGAACAUGAGAUUUAGAACUGAAUCAUUGGUUUUUAAGGUUGCAGAAUCUGCUACAGAAGAAGAGAUCAAAAGAAUGAAUCAUUAUGAAUAUCCAGAGAUGUCUAAAAAAAUGGGCGACUUUAGUCUUAAAGUAAUGCCGGGUGAAUUUUCCGACUCUGAGAUUUUAGUUUUACUUGGUGAAAAUGGAACUGGAAAGACUACAUUCAUCAGAAUGUUAGCAGGCAAUUUAGAACCCGAUGAAGGCCUUGUACAAGACUUAAACAUGGCUAGAACAGAGCUAUUCGAUUUGUUUUUUCAUCCUGUUUUUCAAAAAUGCUUAAAACAUGCCGAAUCUUCUAUAUCUCAUGAAGGUUCUGGCCAAUUGCCACAGCUGCACAUUAGUUAUAAACCACAAAAAAUAUCCCCUAAAUCCCAGGGCAUGGUGAGAAAUUUGCUGCAUGACAAAAUAAGAGAUGCGUAUGUACAUCCACAGUUUAUAACAGAUGUCAUGAAGCCAAUGAAAAUUGAGGAAAUUAUGGAUCAAGAAGUGCAAAACUUGUCUGGUGGUGAAUUGCAACGAGUUGCCUUAGUGCUUUGCUUGGGAAAGCCUGCUGAUGUGUAUCUGAUUGAUGAACCCUCUGCUUACCUUGAUUCUGAGCAGCGUUUAGUUGCUGCUAAAGUUAUUAAGCGGUUUAUUCUGCAUGCUAAACGAACAGGAUUUGUAGUAGAGCACGAUUUCAUAAUGGCAACAUAUCUUGCCGACCGGGUCAUUGUUUUUGAAGGAACACCAUCCUCAUCUGCAACGGCACAUGCGCCUCAAUCACUGCUUAAUGGGAUGAACAAAUUCUUAGAGCUACUCGGUAUCACUUUUAGACGUGAUCCUAAUAAUUUCCGGCCUAGGAUCAAUAAACAUGCUUCAGUCAAGGAUAUGGAACAGAAAAGGGCAGGCCAGUAUUUCUUCCUAGAAGACUAA